AUGGCCGCGGUUUCCGUGGGGAACGACUUGCAAACCUCCAUCGAAGUGAAGCUUCGGAGCGGAGAGUGGCAGGUCGUGUAUCCCCAGAAGUCUUGGAAUGUCGAGGUGCCGGAUGACGGGGCCACCUCCGUGGAGGUUCGCUUGCUGGAAAAUCCAGCAUUGAAGGGCAGCUGCAAGGUGACCGAUGGCUCCUCAGCGAAAGGCCGCGACCGAGCCGAGGCCCGGGAGCUGGCCCGCGAAGGCAAGCGACGCAAAGAAGCCCAGAUGCGGACCGACAAGAUGAUCCAGGAGGCCGCCGCAGAGAAGCGGAACGCAGAAGCAUUGAAGGAAGUAUGGUGGGUUCCAUGUUGCAUUGGUCUUCCGUUUGUCCUCCUGAUCGUUUGCGUUGCAAUCCCGCCUGCAAGUGCUCUUGCGAGCGCACUGUUGGCGAGCGCUACGGUGCCGUUGUGCUGCUGUCUCAGUUUUUUAAGUGUUGCUGCUCACUGGGAAAAUGAACGCGAUGACCUUCAUCUUGGAAAGUACGCUGUUUGGCUCCGUUUUGGCAUCCGUCUUCUGGGGAUUCUGGUGGACUGCAUCGUUUGGCCUGUGCCCUUGUUUUGGGGCGGCUUUUUUUUGGUCCGUGUUUGGCAUGCAGACGUUUCGCUGAACGAUUAUGACAUGGCCGCCCUAGAACGAUCUCGCAAGGAAGCCCAACGCGAACUCAGCAACCGGACCAUCCGCUUCGAGGGGAGCGUCAUCCCCGAACGCGGGCGGCCCUGCGUGGCCAGCUGGCCUGGGAAGUACGCGGGAGCAUGGGAAUCCCUCGUGUCGCAAGGCCGGAAUGGCGAGGUCAGUGCAGCCGUCGUCUUUCUCCCUGAGGGCACGGAUGACUACGGCCAAUGCGACAGCAUCCCACUGGCUGAAGGCUUGCCCGGCACCUGCUGGUGCACGCCCCUCUACGGUGAAAAGAAGCCUUGGGGGUGCAGGUGGUUCACCAAGUGGAGGGAGAACAUCGAGACGGCCGUGGAGUCCGGAGCAGAGCUGGAAGUUUACUACUUCCAGAACCAUGUUGGCAAAGGCAAGGUGGAGAGCUUCGACACGGCAGGCGACGACAACCUCCACAGGGAGAAGGUAAACAAGAAGCAACGCGACUUUGAGGAGUCUUUCGAGUUCGAGCAGGCGCUGGACGCAGGUCUCGGCAACCUCUCCAAGGAGCCACGUGGCGACGGAUCCUCCCAGUACAGCCGCGAAGCCCGGCGCCUGUUCCUCGCCUCCCUCUCGGAGACAGAGUGCGAGUAUCUGGCCACCGCAGAGGGCCUCGGCAACUCCCAGAAAGCCGAGGUCGCCUGGCUGGAAAAGAAGGGCUACACAUACUGGGAGGUGGACGUCUCCACGUGGCUCCCGGGAGAGGGAGUUGAGAGAUACGUCCCGCUAUCUGGCGGACGACAGCCGCAACAUUAUGGCCGGCAAGACGACGUUUCACCAGUUUCAAUCUCGAGACUUUAA